AGCAGCAGCAUGAUCCGCGGGCGGAGGCUGCUCGUGGCGCUGCGUCCCCUGGCGGUGCCGCCGCCGCCCCGGCCCACCGCCAGCCUGACGGAGCCUCGCCGGGCGUUUGCUGGAAGGCCCCCGCGGCGCUACGACCCAUUCGAAGAAUUCGAGAAGGAGAUGGUCAAGUUCCGCAAGAAGGUGAAAGAGAUCCUCCCUGGCAGUAAAUGGAGCCCCUUGGAGAUGUCAAGAGAACUCCCUCCUGAUCACGCUGAUGUGGUCAUCGUUGGUGGUGGGAUAAUGGGCUGGUCUACGGCCUACUGGCUGAAGAGCAGAGAACCGCACCAUGGUGCCUUACGAGUGGUGGUGGUUGAGAGAGACCUCCAAUACUCCAAAGCAUCUACGGUACUCUCCAUUGGGGGGAUUCGGCAGCAAUAUUCGAUACCAGAAAACAUCCAGAUGAGCAUGUUCUCUGCGAACUUCUUGCGCACGAUCAAUGAAUACCUUUGUAUUGUCAACCAGCCACCCAUAGAUAUUCAGUUUAAUCCCUCGGGCUAUCUCUUCCUGGCUUCAGAAGAAAGCGCUGCUGUAUUGGAGGAGAAUGUGCAGAUUCAAAGGAAGGAAGGAGCAAAAGUCUCCCUGUUAUCACCAGCACAACUGAAAAAGAAAUAUCCGUGGUUGAAUACAGACGGCGUAGCUUUGGCCUCUUAUGGGUUGGAAAAUGAGGGAUGGUUUGACCCUUGGACACUUCUCAAUGCCUUCCGGAGCAAAGCAAUGUCCAUGGGUGUCCACCAGAGCUGGGGUGAAGUGACAUCUUUUACUUCAUCUUGCAAAGAAUAUAUGACAACCGAUGGGGAGCUACUUAAUUUUUCCCGUAUUAAGAAAGUUACCGUUCAGAUACCUGACAGUACUGAGUAUACCACCAUAGACUGUGCCAUAGUGGUGAAUGCAGCAGGAGCCUGGUCGAGCAAAGUGGCAGAAAUGGCUGGCAUUGGGAUUGGGCCACCAGACUCGGUAUCGGGGAUCAAGUUACCAGUGGAACCCAAGAAAAGGUACGUCUAUGUUUGGCACAGUCCUGAUGGGCCUGGCUUGGAAUGUCCCAUGUUAAUCGAUACCACAGGAGCUUACUUCCGGAGGGAAGGCUUGGGUGGCAACUACCUUGGAGGCUUAAGCCCUACAGAAGAGGAAGAGCCAGAUAUCCAGGACCUGGAAGUGGAUCAUGAGUUCUUCCUGGAGAAGGUCUGGCCCAAGCUGGCCCACCGAGUGCCAAACUUCGAAUCCCUUAAGGUGAAGAGUGCUUGGGCCGGUUAUUAUGACUACAACACUUUUGACCAGAGUCCUGUGAUUGGCCUGCACCCACUGGUGGAAAACCUCUACUUUGCCACAGGCUUCAGUGGGCAUGGAUUGCAGCAGGCACCAGCUGUGGGCCAAGCCUUAGCUGAGAUCAUCCUGGAUGAUAAAUACCAGGCCAUCGACCUUGAGAGAUUCUCCUUCAAUAGGGUCAUCAGAGGGAAGAAGGAUCUAGAAAGGAAUAUCAUCUAAACACAUUUGAGUGCUGGGAAUCCAUCCUGAUGGGGGAAGAUGCUGCCCCCUCUUUCACAUUGCUGCUGGCUUCAUCACUGAUUAAAACCGGGAAGUUGCAGUUCUAGAUUUAUCUGAUGUGGUGUGAAGAUGAGGAAUUUGGAUUCACACUGCAGAGAGAAAAUUUCCAGUGAUUGGUCAAACCUCCUCAUAAUUGAAACCUCAUUGUAAUGACACAUCAACUUUGCUUAAAUGGAAACUGCCUUAAAAGCAAUGGCACAUAUGUUUCAGUGCAGAAAGAUGCACAGACAGUUUUUUUUUCAAAAAGGAAAAAAAUCUGGUGUGGCCUUGCUGUUCCUUUUGAUAUUGGAGUCGCUAUAAUGAAGAUAUGACCUUCUACUAUUCCUAAUAUUUUGAUACUGUUAAAACUAUACAAGAGAUGCUGUCUCACUGGACUGGCAACUGAUGCACUUGGGAAUUAAUGGAAGAUUUUCCCGUGGCUGAAGUUACUUCAGAAACGUAUCUUGAAGUAGAAGGACUGAAUUUCCAUACUUGUGUUAAACCAGAAAUCAGUCUGGCUUAUUUGCUGUUUUUAUAUGUCAUUUUUAAUUUGCAGCUGCAUUGUAUGAAAUGAGUUGGCAGAGGACACAGAAAGGCAGAAGAGGAGUUGGUGGGGAGCAGAAUCUCUGCCCUUGUUUUGAGCCUCAAACUUCACAUAGUCCAGACUUUUCUAUGCAGCCAUAAAACAGAAACAUGCAAACGGAAGGGAAUGUUUUAUCUAAUCGAAGUCUGAAAUGCUGUUGGGCAGGAGUUGGAUUUGAAUGGGGUGUGUGUGUGAGUGAGUGAAAGAGAUGUGUGUGUGAGCACACAUGUCCAGACCAGGAGAUGCCCAGCACAGCCCUCAAGACCAAACAGUUGUGCACCCUUAGGCUAGACCAUGUUCCACUUUCAGCUUCUUUUUGUCUUCACUUUCUUUGUCUGAACUUCAGCUUUUGAGGAAGCCAUGGGUCGCUUCUGGUUAGCACCUAAAAGAGAACGAUAGCCAGAGCUGCAACGUUCGUGACAUUUGUAGUGCUUCUAAAGAUACCGAAUGGCAUAUAAAUAGCCUUGAGUUAUUUUUCAUUCUACAAAGUAACUGAUGCUAUGGUUUGGACAUGCUUUCCUUAAAUCAGCCAGGGAGUUCAGGACUGGGGGUGAAGGGUAGAAUCAAGGAUCUUGCAAAUCUACCUCUAGCACUUAACUUGAUAGGCUCACAAUAACACUUCAAGAUCUUAAAAUGCCCUCACAUUCUACGAAAGCCUACCUCUACUUACUGGAAAGAGUGGACACCCAGCACUCACUAAUGCCCAACCUGAACAAUGGCACCCCACUGUGCCGUUCAAGACCUCUGAACACACAGGAGCUGUUUUCGUUAAAAACAAGUAUUUACAUAAAUGGCCUAUGAACGCCAAAAACCCAGCUACACUGGAGGCUGCUGCUAUGUCUCUGCAUGAUUCACUGCUCUGCCCUUUCCAUCUCCCACUUGUUGUCUUUCAGGGGCCGAUAUUUGUAAACCACCCAGAGAGCUUCGGCUAUGGGGCGGUAUAUAAAUGCAAUAAAUAAAUAAGGUAUGUUGUGCUA